GUGCGAGGCGCUGUUGGUUUCGCCACCUGCUGCGGCGGAUGACUCGCAGUCAGCAGUGCACUUCCUGCAGCUUCCAGCCACGCGUCUUCUGUCAGAGGACCAGACAUAAUAAAUAAUUCACAAACGGAAACUCACUUUACAACCCAGUAGCCUCCGCACCUAUACGUAUCUUUAUUCUGGGUUUCAGGUCCUUCAAUGGAGACAAAUCUAUUGCUAGAAAAGACUGACCAACAAAGAAAUGGAUUGGAGAAGAGUGGGUCCAAAAGAGUGUACCUAGAUUAUAAUGCAACCACCCCUUUGGAACCAGAUGUUAUUGAAGCCAUUACAGUUGCUCUGCAGGAGGCCUGGGGAAACCCCAGCAGCACGUACACUCCAGGAAGAAAAGCCAAAGAAAUUAUUAGCCAUUCUAGGGAAAGCAUUGCUAAGAUGGUUGGCGGAUGUGCUGAUGACAUUAUUUUCAUGUCUGGAGGAACAGAGGCCAACAAUUUUGUUUUCCACACGGCUAUUAAGUACUUUUGGAAUGUUGUUCAGAAGGCUGAGCUAAAUGGGGUCCAGGUGGGGCCUUCACAACAAGGAGGGAUCUUGCCACAUCUCAUCACUAGCAACGUAGAGCAUGACUCUGUUAGACUUGUGGCCCAGCAGCUCAUGGAGGAAAAAAAGGCAGAGGUCACUUUUAUACCUGUUUCCAAGGUGACUGGUCAAGUUGAAGUAGAUGAUGUAAUGUCAGCAAUUAGACCAACUACUUGCCUCAUUUCCGUCAUGCUGGCCAACAAUGAGACGGGUGUUAUCAUGCCAGUUGGAGAAAUCAGCAAACGAAUACGAGCACUGGAUGAACAAAGACCAGCUCCCAGGGUCCUUUUGCACACAGAUGCUGCCCAGGCUAUUGGUAAACUACGAGUUGAUUCCCAGGACCUAGGGGUGGACUAUUUGACCAUUGUUGGCCACAAGUUUUAUGCUCCUCGAAUUGGAGCCCUGUAUGUCAAGAGUCCUGUUACUCUAACUCCCAUCUAUCCUCUUUUCUAUGGUGGUGGACAAGAGAAUAAUCUCAGACCUGGGACUGAGAACACACCAAUGAUAGCAGGACUUGGAAAGGCAGCCGAACUAGUUAACAAAAACCUGGAGCAUUAUAUGGCUGAUAUGUGCAAAACCCGGGAUUACUUAGAAAAUUGUCUGGAGGCUGUUUUCGGAACGAAAGUCCACUUCAACAACCGCUUUAAUGGAGUAGCAAGGCUUCCUAACACAUGCAAUGUCUCUUUUUUGGGUGUAAACCUACAAGGUCGCAGAGUGCUUGCUUGCUGCCAGAGGCUCUUAGCCAGUGUGGGUGCUGCAUGUCAUUCAAGCCAAGAAGACCGGCCAUCCCAUAUCUUGUUAAGUUGUGGCAUCAGUCCCUCAGUUGCGGCAAAUGCUAUACGCCUGAGUGUAGGAAGAGAGACCACUACUGAAGAUAUAGAUGUUAUCAUCAAGGAUCUAAGAGAAGCUGUAAAUUACCUGGAGGGCCGCUGACAAUGUGCUCCUUUGGGUUUCUUAAGUCAUUCUGUGGUAAUGUGUACCUUAACUAUAAAAAAAAUUAUAUUCCUUGUUCUUUUUAUUGCUAAGUUAAAAAAUACUUUAUAAAUAUACAAAAUGACCAAAAAUAACAGAUUUUUAAACUUAGAAAUUAACUUUCUGAUAUUUUAUAUUCAUGCCUUUAGUUUAAGGGUUAUUACUACAUAAUUGGAUGGACUGUGUGUGGGAGGGAAAUGUGCCUCUUAUUGCAAAUAAUUAAUUUACUAAAUGCUUUGAGCAUUUUUAAAAUAAUUUUGUCCCAAGUAGAGCUUGUAUUGAGGUCCUGUCCAAAUCUGUGAGCAAAUCUUAGAGAGCUCAGUAUGGGUUUGUGCAAACUGAUUGAAUAUCUUAAUGGUUAAAAGCAUUGUUUUCUGAUCUGCAUUUUUACCUCAUAUAGAGAAAGGCAUAUAGUCACCUUCAUGUAAAUGGCGAAGUGACGGAUGGAACCAAAUACAACAAGCUAGAUUUUAAAAAUUACAAUAUCUUCAAGGGUGAUGGGAAUAAAAUGCACUCAGCGGACACAUUUCAAAAGAGCCUUCCUUAUUAUUAUCUUUUGGUUUGAUUAUGUGUAAUACUGAUGCUAAUGAAGACGCUGAAUUGAAGGAGAAAUUAAAGUAAUACAAUGAUAUUAUACUAGUUUACAGUGUGUGUCAAAAGGAAACAAAGAUACCUGCAAUAUCAUGAAAAAUUAAUGUCGGUGCAUUGAACACAUUGACACUUUGCUCACACUUGGAUGAUCCUAUUUAUUUGAUUUACACUGUUGAUGAAAGUGUUUUUAUUUUGGACAUCUAUACUUAGUAGUAAUAAUUGCAAGCAAAGAACCUAGGGAAAACAAAUUGGGGAUGGCUGUUACACAUGAGAUAUUUGUAUUUAAUAUGUGGUCUUUACUUGUUUAUGUCUUUCUUUGUUUAAAUGUGAUCUAUUUAUUAAAAAUGGUUCAAGUUCAUGUAACUGGCAAGAGAAGGAGUCAAUUGAUUUAACAAAAGCUUUCAUAAUGAGCACUCUCCUAGAUUUCUGUAUACAGUCAUAGAUAUAAAUCCAAUCUAAACAAUGGUAAUAGGCUAAGCAGCUCUCUGAGAUUUGAACCUUCAGGUCAGAUUGCAUGUGAAAGCAAACUACAAUGCAUCAUAUAUAUACUAGGAGUAAUAGUAAUGUAAAAAGGAUCUAAGUGGUUAUUCUAUGCAAGAAGAAUAUACUGUAAGCUUAGAGUUACAUGUCAGUGGAUUACUGAUAAGUAAUAAUGAUGUUCUAAAAAAGAGGAUAAAGAAGAAUAAGACGGAUGAGAUUGUGUGUAGUUAUUACUAGGAAAAGCAGGUAAGCUUCCCCAUCACUUAGAAAAAGAUCCAUUCACUACUGAAGGUAGGCUUGAUGGAGCUAAUAGGUGUUUACAUACUGUAGUAUUGUAUUUGAAAUUAAUUGAACUGCUACUUUUCUCUGGUACAAAAUAAAUGCUUUCUCUAUUUGAAAA